AUGUUCAGGAAUAUACAGAAAAGAAAUAUCAGUUCUAGUGGUAGAGUGUUAUUGAACCACGGGAAGCCGCAAAACCCUGUUUAUAAUGCUGAGUUGACCAUGAAGAUCGAGCCGAUCCAAAGAACCGGGGAAAGUAUCGAUGUCAAAAGAGCCAGAUUAGUAUACCAAUCUCGUAAGAGGGGGAUCUUGGAAAGUGACUUGUUGUUAUCCCGUUUUGCUAAGAGAUACUUGUCUGGAUUCUCUCAGGAAGAAUUGGACGAAUAUGACAAGUUGUUGGACGAGCCCGAUUGGGACAUCUACUACUGGGCCACCAAAAACUACGAUGUGACGCCAUUACCAGACAAAUGGAAAAAUUCCAAGAUCUUGAAGUUAUUGCAAGAAGAUGCUGAAAAUAAGGAAAAGGAGAUUUUGAGAAUGCCGGAGUUAUAA